ACAAAUAUAAAUCUCGUCGGCUGCGAGAACUAGUUCGACAUUAUUACUGUACUGAAAAAAUUGCAGUAGGAGGACCCUGCAAAAUGAGCUUUUUCGGCUUUGGGCAGAGUGCAGAGAUUGAUAUAGUUUUAGAUGGGCAGGAAAAUCGAAGGACAGCAGAAAUUAAAACUGAGGAUGGGAAAAGAGAAAAGCACUAUCUUUAUUUUGAUGGUGAAACUGUUUCAGGAAAGGUUAAUAUAACAUUAAGAAAAAGUGGUAGUAAACUAGAGCAUCAAGGAAUCAAAAUUGAAUUCAUUGGUCAAAUAGAAUUGUACUAUGACCGGGGAAACCACCAAGAAUUCACCUCGCUGGUUAAGGAGCUGGCCCGUCCUGGAGAACUCACUCAGAGCACGAGUUACAAUUUUGAGUUUUCACAAGUAGAAAAACCAUAUGAGUCUUACACAGGAGCAAAUGUUAGAUUACGAUAUUUCUUACGGGUGACAAUUGUAAAACGUAUAACAGACACAGUAAAAGAGCAAGAUAUUGUUGUUCACACAUUGUCACAGUACCCAGAAAUGAACUCCAGUAUCAAGAUGGAAGUUGGAAUUGAGGAUUGUUUACACAUUGAAUUUGAAUACAAUAAAUCCAAAUACCAUUUAAAAGAUGUCAUAGUUGGUAAGAUUUACUUCUUGUUGGUGCGAAUCAAAAUCAAGCACAUGGAACUUCAAGUGAUAAAACGCGAGACUACUGGCACAGGCCCAAAUACAUUCAAUGAGAAUGAAACUAUAGCCAAAUAUGAAAUAAUGGAUGGUGCACCAGUUAGAGGUGAAUCAAUACCCAUUCGACUUUUCUUAAGUGGAUAUGAGCUGACUCCAACAAUGAGAGACAUUAACAAGAAAUUCUCUGUUCGAUACUACCUGAAUCUUGUGUUAGUUGAUGAAGAAGAGCGCCGCUACUUUAAACAACAGGAGAUCACUAUCUUCAGAAGGGCUGACAAGAUAAGAAAGAAUUAUCAAGCUGCUCUUUCACAUCACAAUCCCUCAUUAUUAUCUGAUGGUGGGGGCAGCAGCAAAACUUCCUACCAACAACAUCAAGAAGACAAUGAAGAGGAUGAAGUCAAGGAAGAGGAAAAGGAGCAGAAAGAAAAAUGAUAGUUAUUACUAACUAAUUGUAUGUGCAGAUUUUGUUUGUUGUCAUGCUCAAAAGGUUUCAUUCUCUAAGUAACAUAUUCUGGACCCAAAGCUGUUAUUUAGACUAUUUUAAAUUAACUAAAUUAUUUUGAUACUGAUAUUAUUUUGACAUGGGCCAAGAGCUAGUUGCAUAGAAAUAUUUCACUGAAAUUUUAAAAAUAUAACACAACUUGGUUUUAAUACAUUACACUGCUCUAAAAAUAGUAACAACUUUCAAUAUAUUUUGUAGCCUUUAAAAAAUAUUUGUAGUAUUUAAAAAUGUUUGAGUACUGAACAAAAUGUUUCCACUCAAUGGGUUUUGUGUAGAAAUAGUCAUAACUGUAAUGAAGUAUUUUAUGAUCAUGUGUGUGAGUGUAAAAAGAAGCUGAAUGUGUAACUCAAGCUGCUGAAUGCUUGUGUAACUUAAUUGCAAGAUGAGAGCAUGAAGUCAAUUAUCUGCUUGUCCUGUACUUUAUAAGUAUGUUUCUUUAUUACUGUUCAGAUAACUAGCUGUGGAACAGGAGUAGCAGCACAGCUAGUAUUUUCUAUCAAAUAUUUCACAUUCUGUUUGUGAUAUAUCCUUUUUCUUUUCUGACUUGUGAUGCAUAGUGAAUUUUUUUUUUUACAUUUUAUGUUUUUAAGCUGUCAUUUUUAAGUAUUAUGAACAAGAGACAUUUUGCAAUAUAUUCUAACAAGUUACCCAAUAUGAAAUUGACUAAAAGUAAACAAGUUUUAAUGAUGUUUUGUGUCUUUUACUAAUAUUUGACUUCAAUAUUCAGUAUCGUGGGUUGAUGCUGUUGCUGCAUUCGGCCAACAGAAUAAUCACACACUUUUCUAAAUCUUGAAUGAAGUCUCUCUUACAUUCAUCUGAGCCUCGUUGGCUAUUUCUUCUUCACCACAUUUGCUAUGUGUAAAGGUAUGAGUAGCACUAUAUAAUGUGCACAGCAGCUGGGAUUAACUGUUAUCUUUGCCACACAUACAGUGGUUGUUUAAUGAUAGAUAACUUCUCUUGCAACAAGGUUAACAACUUGUGUACUAAAAACAAUUUAUUUUAAUAAGCAGCUUACCCAUGUAUUGGCCCAAGUGUAUAUUAAAAUAUUUUUUUAAUCUUCUUGUUAUUGUGCUUUUGUUAAAAUUUGUUUCCGCUACCAAUCCUGUUUUCUGUGAAGCAAGAAAUGUUGUUUAAGCAGAUAGUAAGUGAUCUGUUGCAAAAGGUAUCAAUGUUAGCUGCAUCCUUUAAUUUUUUUUUAUUGUAAAAAAAGAUAUGUAAUUACUUUUCCAUGUGACUAAUGAAGCAUUAGAUGAAUGAAUCAUGCUUUUAAAAUGUCCAACAACACAGAAUUAGUCUAUUUUAUUCUGUUGAAUGAUAGUUUUGUUUUAAUGAACAUAGAUGAAAUAUUUUGUUUAGGCCAAUGAUUAUGCAUUGAUAGCAAACUAACAAAUACUAGAAUUGAUGAUUGAGUGUAUGAAAAGGUUCUUUCUCUUUCUAAAGGUUAUUGUUGUGUAUCUUGGAAGAGUAGCUGACAUCAAUUAUGUGAUAUUUUGUGUUGUAAGCUAUUUAAUUUUUUAAAUUUAUUAAGAUUACUUUUUUUAAAAUUCUUGAGGUAUCUCAAAUACUUUAUUAUAAAUGGAUUAAAAUAAAUUAAAACAAAUAAAUACUUAUUCAUUUAUUUUGCUAAAUAUAUUUUUCAUGUAAAAUGUAAAUGAGACAUUAUGCUCAUCAUAAAACAGUAGAAGUAAAAAAACAUUUAGCUCAUUGAUGAAGUUUUCCUACUCUUUGUUGUAUUUAGUAGUAUAAAUUUAGCUUUUCCAUUGGCAUAGUUCUGAAUGUGUUGUGUAAUAGGUCCCCCAUUCCAUCACUUAAAUGAAUGAACCUAAAUUUUUGUACAUACAUGUAAUAUUAUUGCAUUUAUUUUGGAAAAAUUGUUGGCACAGAGUAAUGACCAUGUAUUGUUGUUAAUGUUGAUAAACUGUAGUUUUCAUGCCCUCAGCUGCUUCAGUGUGUAAGUUCAAUUUGAAGUGAGUACGGCAUAUUUUUGUUGGAUCAAAAUGCAACUAACACUUUGAAGUCUGUUCACUCCAUGAAGUCAUACUUCAAGGUUUCUGAUAGCUGUUGUUUCACUGACAAAAAGUACUUUGGAAACAAUUAUAUGUCCUUAAAAAUAUGGUUUUGGUUUCCUUUGUUUCAGUUGAACCAAAAUUGAUGUGAUAUGUUCAAUUUGUCUGUCAGUUGUAGUUCACAUAUUGUAGUAUUAUGUAUAGUUAGUUCUAUCAGGAUCCUAACAAAUUUUUUAAGAGCAGUUAAACAAUAUACUUUCAUCAAAUGAAGCCCAUGUACAUUCCAGACAAGUCUCAAUAUGGAAAUUUGCCCCAACAUUUUUGUUAUUAUUUGCACUACUGAUCAAGACCAACAUAUUAAUCUGUAUUGCAAGUGGUCUUUCUCCUUUCCCCCUAGAAUCAACUUUUGAGUAGUAAUGGACACUAAAACACAUAUUUUACUUGUUAUCUAUAUAAUUAAUGAACACUUAGUAAACAUUGAUAAAUUUGCAUGGUAGUAUUGGAAAUGUUUUUUUUUUGUAUGGGAAUUUUUCAAGCCCUGUUGAAUAAAUGCAACUUUGGAAAGAAUGUCAGAACUCUUCUGUGCAAUAAAGCGACAAAUAACC